UCCUCUGCUUCCUUCCUUUUUAUUUUGUCCUGUCAUCGUCCUUUGCUCAACAGCCAACUGUCCCCUUCCAGUCUUCUGCUAAUGACCAUGUCUUUCUUGGAGCAUCUCUGAUCACCUUGUGACAACCCCUUCUUCACUGACAGACCCCCUCUGCUCACCUGGCCGAGGUCACCUACCUCCUCCAGACAUGUUCAGGCGCACCAAGAGUUGCAGAAGCAGCAACAGGAAGAGCCUGAUCCUGACGAGCAGCAGUUCUCCCACGCUCCCCCGGCCGCAUUCUCCUUUGCCGGGGCACAUAGGGGGAAGCCCUAUGGACAGCCCUCGCAAUUUUUCUCCUAGUGCCGCUGCUCAUUUCUCCUUUGCAUCCUCACGCAGCCGGACAGAUGGCCGCCGUUGGUCUCUUGCCUCCCUUCCAUCAUCGGGAUAUGGAACAAAUACCCCAAGCUCCACUGUAUCAUCCUCCUCCUCAUCUCAGGAACGUCUCCACCAGCUCCCCUUCCAGCCCACCCUGGAUGAACUUCACUUCCUCUCCAAACAUUUUGGCAGCACUGAGAGCAUCCCCGAUGAUGACGGGGGUCGAAGGUCACCGGCAGUUCGACCCCGGUCUCGAAGCUUGAGUCCUGGCCGGUCGCCUUCAUCUUAUGACAAUGAAAUAGUAAUGAUGAAUCAUGUCUAUAGGGAGAGAUUCCCUAAGGCCACGGCACAGAUGGAGGAUCGACUCCGGUUGUUCAUCUCCAACUUCUCUCCAGAGAAUGUUCUACCGAUGGCUGAUGGGGUUCUUAACUUCAUCCAUCACCAGAUUGUGGAGCUGGCCAGGGAUUGCCUGACCCGGAGCACUGAGGGCAUGAUCACCAGUACCUACUUCUAUCAGCUGCAGGAUAACUUGGACAGAUUGCUACUGGAUGCCGUGGAACGAUCUGAUGGAUCAGAAGUUGCUUUCAUUGCCCAGCUGAUGAAGAAUCUGCUCAUUAUUAUCUCUCGGCCAGCUCGUCUGCUAGAGUGCCUGGAGUUUAACCCUGAGGAGUUUUACCACUUACUGGAGGCGGCUGAGGACCAGGUGAAGGAGGGCAAUCUGAAGACAGACAUACCCCAAUACAUCCUUCGUCAGCUGGGACUCACCAGGGACCCUUUCCCAGAGGUUGUAGCUGCUGAAGAGCCAGUGACUGUGGAGACGCACACACCAGAAAGUGAGGACAUUGUAGAGGGAAAAGGAGGUGCAGUCUCAAAGCCCAUAAGACCGCCAGAGGAGAGCGACUUUGAAACCAUUAAACUGAUCAGUAAUGGGGCCUACGGAGCUGUAUACUUGGUCCGUCAUCGGGAGACCCGACAGCGGUUUGCAAUGAAGAAAAUCAACAAGCAGAACCUUCUCCUGAGGAACCAGGUCCAUCAGGCCUUCGUAGAGAGAGACAUCCUGACCUUUGCACAGAACCCUUUCGUAGUCAGCAUGUUCUGCUCCUUCCAGACCCGCCGGCAUCUCUGUAUGGUUAUGGAGUAUGUGGAAGGGGGUGACUGUGCCACACUGCUGAAGCACAUUGGUGCCCUUCCACUGGAGAUGGCACGGCUAUAUUUCGCAGAGACUGUAUUGGCGUUGGAGUACCUGCACAAUUAUGGGAUAGUUCACCGUGACCUGAAACCGGACAAUCUUUUGAUUACUUCCAUGGGUCACGUAAAACUAACCGAUUUCGGCCUCUCCAAAAUGGGGCUUAUGAAUCUCACCACCAAUUUAUACGAGGGACAUAUCGAGAGUGAAGCCAGAGAAUUCCUGGACAAACAGGUUUGUGGGACCCCAGAAUACAUUGCUCCAGAGGUGAUCUUGCGGCAGGGCUAUGGAAAGCCUGUGGAUUGGUGGGCAAUGGGCAUUAUCCUAUAUGAGUUCCUGGUGGGCUGUGUCCCUUUCUUUGGUGACACCCCUGAGGAGCUGUUUGGUCAGGUGAUCAGUGAUGAGAUAGUCUGGCCAGAGGGGGAAGAAGCACUUCCAGCUGAUGCCCAAAACCUUAUUUCUAGCCUCCUGCAGACAGACCCCUUACUCAGACUGGGCACAGGGUGUGCUGUUGAGGUCAAAGCGCACAAAUUUUUCACAGAUUUGGAUUGGAAUGGGUUACUGAGACAAAAAGCUGAAUUUAUACCUCAUCUGGAGGCUGAAGAUGAUACAAGCUACUUUGACAGUAAGUAUGAGAAAACAGACUAUAAUUGCAAGAAUGGAGG